AAAUUGAACACAGUCAAAAAACCAUUCGAUGAAAGUGCUUUAUUGUGCAUUUGCUUUCCUGCAAUAAACAAUAAACUAUCAACUCUUACGGAUCCAUUAAAAACGUCAACAUAUAGCACAAGGCUGCGGCUGCUGCGACCAUCAAAAACAAAACACCUCCCUAAAUGUGACAACAAGAUUUAGGACGUCAACAUGGAACGGCUAAAAUUGACGUCUCUUAUUUUCUUUAUGUGCCUUUUUCCCAUCACCGUCUUUUCAAGAAUCCACGAACUUAAAAUAGAGAAUGAUGAUCGACGCUAUAUAGCCCUCAGUACUUUUGGAUUCUACAAGGGCGGGUAUCUCAGUGUUCAUUUAAAUAAGUUCCAUCCACAUCCCUUAAAUGAAAAACAUGUGUUUGGCUUCAGUUUGGAUAGAACUUUGAGUGAUGCUAUGAAUCCUUAUCUGGAUAGUCAUCAAGACCGAUGUCUUCUUGAAGAGCCAGAGAGACCUGAAACGGAAACUCCGAAUAGCCCACCUGUGGUGUACUUCACAAUGGACCUUAAGAACUUAAAGCUUAAUGUCACCUGUAGUCGAAAAAUCCCUACACUACAUGUGUAUCUUAACCAAUCUUACCUCCCUGCCUCCUCUGCGUACCCAGGCUCACAACCAGAACAAGCUCACUCCAUCCCUUCACAAGUCUUGAGGGCAGCUCGAUCUGUUCCGGAAGAGCCACAAACUUUAUGCUCACAGUUACAACUGCCAAUGACAGCUGAUCCCAAUAAAGAAUACUUUAAUGCAUCUUUUGUGAUGUAUGUGGCCACAGAAGCUGAAGAAGGAUUGUACAAUCUUUAUUUUCACAGCUGUCCUAAUUAUCAUGAAGACACAGAAGCUUUCAUUAGCUUUACUAUGGAAAUUGAGGAGAAAAAUAGAGGAAAUUAUCUCUCUGCUGGAGAAAUGCCUCUCCCUGCUCUCUAUUUUAUGAUGGCCAUUUUAUUUUUCCUCUCUGGCUGCUUUUGGGUGUUUAUUCUGCGUCAUAGCAAACACCCUGUCUACAAGAUUCUUUACUUGAUGGCUGUACUAGUCUUCCUCAAAUCUUUGUCCCUGCUUUUCCAUGGUAUAAAUUUCCAUUUCAUCCAAACUAAAGGAGCGCAUGUGGCAGCGUGGGCUAUCCUCUUUUAUGUCACCCAUCUCCUUAAAGGGGCAGUUUUGUUCAUAACCAUUGUUCUCAUUGGAACUGGUUGGACAUUCAUCAAAUAUAUACUGUCUGAAAAAGACAAAAAAAUAUUUAUGAUUGUGAUCCCAUUACAGGUGCUUGCAAAUGUUGCAGAAAUUAUCAUUGAAGAAUCAGAGGAGGGAGACAUUGAACAUCGCAUGUGGCGUGAAGUAUUCUUCCUGGUUGAUUUAAUUUGUUGUGGGGCCAUCCUUUGUCCAGUUGUAUGGUCAAUAAGGCAUUUGCAGGAAGCAUCUGAGACUGAUGGAAAAGCUGCCAUUAAUUUGCGCAAGUUGAAACUUUUCCGUCACUUCUACAUCAUGAUUGUCUGCUACAUUUAUUUUACAAGGAUAAUUGUUUAUUUGUUGAAAAUGACUGUACCCUUCCAAUAUGAGUGGCUGGAUGAAAUGUUUAGGGAAAUGGCUACUUAUGUUUUCUAUGUUUUAACUGGCUACAAAUUCCGACCAACUGCAGCCAACCCUUACUUUCAAGUCAACACAGAAGAAGAAGAUGACGAUGAAGAAAUUGAUAUGGUGAUUACUGAGACUGGUUUGACAGAAGGACUGGCAAAGAUUUCAAGGAGUUUAGGUGUUCCUAGUGGGUCAGGUGAUUUGGAGGAAGAUAGAGUAAACUUACUGUCAAAACGAGAGAGCAGUCAUGAAUAUGAUUAAAUAGAUGAGCACUAUCAGUCAUCAAGUUUUCCAGUGUUUCCAGAAACUUAGUUACUAAUACUGCAAUAGACUGGAAAGAGUACACAUGUUUCAGGAGUUAACACUAAGAAAUCCACAUAAAAUGGUCCAUGGCAGUAGGUUCUCUUUGCAAUGAAUGAACUCUAAUUCAACUUGUUUAUUGCCACAUCACUUUAAUUAAAUUCAUCUGUUUAUUUAAACUAUGUGCUCUAAGAUAUGCAGUAAAGGUUCCCUUUUCUUUUUUGGGUGCAAGAUUUGGUGAUUGUGCAUUUGCAUAGUGGUAGGUUGCACAUUUGGCUGUUAUAACAGGCUUGUUAGAUACCACUCAUCAAAUAUGAUUAUUUUUUUCCUUAAUGCAUCUAGUCCUGAGCAUCUGCAUAUUACUAGCGCUUUUGUUGAGGUUAGCAGAAUGAAUACUUAUAGUAUCUACUAAUGUUUAAGACUGAAAGGUGAGUAUGUGAGAUUAUUCCUCAGGAUUUUCAACUUUAAGGUGACUUGAACCUAACCUAAGAGAUAAAUAUACCUACUUACACGCCUUUAUUGAAUUCAUUAAUUAUUGAGUGAUUGUAUUUGUACCAGAAAUACCUAAGUACAGCAAUAUUUUAAAAAAUUGUAACUUACAUGGGAGUGUGUGGAAGUUUUCUAUGUGUUCUUGUGAAGUUACCUGCGAGCACCGCUUAUUUAAGAUUUUAUUAAAAUGGAAUCCUGUCGAUGGAAUUUUGUAGUUAUGGCUGUGAUUGAUUAAUGUUACUGUCAUGUUGCGUUAAAUCUGUAACAGGUCUUGGUCAGAUUUAUACACAAUUCAUUUUAGAUUUUUACAUUUGUAGUUUGCACUAUUUUUUGCCUGCUGUAUAUUUCAAUGUAAAUGUGUAAAACAAUUUUACUAUAACUGUUGUUUUGUAGUGUCAGUAAUGUACAUUAAUUGAAGUUUUCAAAAGUUCUUGAGUCAUCCAUAUCUCUCCAGAUGUUUGUCUGUGCCUUUUUCUUAUCAAUCAAUGUUUUAACACCGAUUAUAAUGCAAACACAAAUUGCAUUCUAAAAUGUAAGCUAUCAUUACAUUUUAUGUAUAUUAUUGGUAGAAAUAAUUUGUUGGUUGUGACCUUGUGCUUGGGAUCAAUUUGGGUAACUGAAUGUUAUGAAUGAUUUGAUUUAAGCUCCGUCAUCCAAUGAGGAAAUGUUACACAUUGAUACUGUGACUACAUUUGAAAAUUUGCAUCAUUCACUAUUUUCUUUGUAUUCUCAAGGUAGUGUGGUAUUUUUAACUUAAAAUACCAGUACCUGCAAACAAUUUUUUAUCUUUUUAGAUGCACAUUUUUGCAACAGAACUACCCAUUUACAAGAAUGCACCAGUUCUUCCUUCUUAAUGCAUCAAUGCAGCAGACAAAAUCAAGGGUUGUGGUUUACAGUAUUCUGUUUAAAUAUGGCUCAUUCUUCUAGUUGAGGAAUAAAAUCAAUACUGCAUUGAAUAAUA